UUUGAAAGUUAUCAAAUACAUUACAACCACGAGGAUAUUCGCGAGAAAACUUCACCAGCAAACGUCCAACAUGGCGCUACCUCCCCGAUUGGGACAGCGAAUCCUUACGUCAGGAUAUCAACACGCGCCUCGUCCUUGCACGCACACAUCCACGUGCCGUUGGACAUUUGACAGCUUCGCUCUCAACCAGUCGCUUGCACUGGCCCACAAACGCACCUAGAACGGAACCCCGUACGCACACCACGGUCGUGAACGCGCGCACACACACACAAGCUCCGUACACGGGCGAGCAGCGAAAAAUACGUCCCCCGAGCCGAGAGGGAUUACAGAAUUGUGCCGUCGUGCAAAAGUUCCACGGUGGUUUGGCCAAGGGAUGUUGUGAAGGAUUGCUGCGUGUGUUGCAAACGCCCUAUUGCAAGUGUAGGCAGAAUUCUUCCCCCUUUACUUCUUCAACCGAGCAACUUGACACGGAGCGGAGACUGUGGUAGCUUUGUUCGUGAAAAAAGGAGUUUUGCUCCAAAGUGUGUUGCACGAGUGUUCCUGAAGAUCCUGUCUGUUCGUAUACCGUGAAUGUAUUAUCAACCAGCAAACGACAACCUCAACAAAUUCUGUGCCACUGCGGUCCCGUUCACUGAAUCAACAACCUCGCAGUAGCCAGUGUCACAGUGUCACAGAGUGUCCGGAUAGGUUAGAAAAGAGUCAUUCAAUUGCCGCUGCAAGGAUUGCUGGCACAGUUCUACGUACGGAGCUGUUCCUGUAAUAGAAUAUACCCUCCACCCCAAAUCCCACCAUUCCUCCUAUUGUGUCAAUUAGCUUCGUUUCCCAGCCAACGGGAUUCCGAGAGCCACUUCCGUGUGCGUUCGGCACGAUUAAAAAAAGGUGAAUGAGAAGCUCGUAAGAGAAAGAAGAAACCCAUCCACCUCCCCACGAAUGGUGUGUGCGUGCGUUCGACGGUAGACACAGUGCUUGGCGUAUGCCCGCGGGCCCAUACCGGCUGAUUGCGGGUAGCGAAAGAAGGGCGACUUCCAACAACAACCACAGCAUCAGCAGAGGCAAAUCCAUCCAGCAGCACCACACUCAGCGCUUGAUUCCGGUUCCGGGCAAGAGCGGGCUACUAUGUUCAAGAGCCGAAGCGAGGGCAAUGUUGUUUACAAGUGUACCGUACGGCUACUGGAAGAUCUCGAUGUCCUGGAGUGCGAAUUUCAGCCACACCAUAAGGGCUGUUUUCUCCUGGACUACGUCUGCGAGCAGCUGGAAAUCACCGAAAAGGAUUAUUUUGGGCUCCGAUUUGUCGACUCCGCCAAGCAGAGGCACUGGCUGGAUCUGGCAAAAACUAUAAUCAAGCAAGUCAAAGAUGUGGAUCCACUUGUGCUUUCGUUUCGUGUCAAAUUUUACCCAGCCGAUCCCCUACGGCUAACGAACAAUGGGAAGCUGAUGCUAUACCAGCAAUUAAAACGUGAUCUUCGGCAUGGUCGACUGUACUGUUCCGCCGGUGAGGCAGCAGCCCUGGGAGCGCUAAUAGUGCAAGACGAGCUCGGCGAUUACGAUGCGGAAACACACACCGGCGAGUACGUGUCGUCGCUCAAGAUCGCCCUGCGCCAGUCGGACCAGCUGGAGAAGAAGGCGAUGGAGCUGCACCAGAAGCGCGACCCGGGCCAGGAAGCGGUCGCCGUGUACGACGAGUUCGUCGGGAUCGCGCGCAGCCUCGAAACGUACGGGAUCGACCCGCAUCCGGUGAAGGAUCACCGCGGUACACAGCUUUAUCUGGGCAUUAACUUCUCCGGCAUCAGCACGUUUGCGGCGGGCCGCCGUACGCAACACUUCCGCUGGCCCGAGGUGCACAAGAUCAACUUCGAGGGCAAGAUGUUCAUCAUCCAUCUGGCGUACUCGGAGGAUCGGAGGGAAGUGAAAAAGCACACCGUAGGAUUCAAGUGUCCGUCGGGUGCGGCCUGCCGGUACGUGUGGCGAUGUUCCAUCGAGCAGAUGCUGUUCUUUACUCUUCCAACCAGCCAACACGCUUCCGUUGUUUCCGGGGGUGGAUUUUUCUCCUGGGGUACCAAAUUCCGCUACUCGGGCCGGACCGAGCGCGAGCUGAUGUCCGAGGCGCUGCAGGCGCUGCGCCAGCAGAAGCUCAACAACACCAGCCCGAGCAAGAGGAAAGCGCAGAGUGUUCCGGCAACACCGUCGAGCCCGCAGGGCGAUCUGGCAGAAAUCCGUAAGUCCCGAUAUAGUAGCCUUCCACGAUCGACCAUGUCGGAGCCGCUCGGUGGCUGCGGCGACCAUCUGGCCUCGUCCGUGUACUGCACCGACAAUCCACUGCCCACGCUCGAGACGGUCUCGGAGGAGGCGCGCAAAACGAACGGCGAAAGCAACGACCACCUGUCCGACUACUACUUCCGCGACUCGUUCGACCACUCGUCGUCCGAGUCCGGCUUCACGGCGGCGGCGAACAGUGCGGCGAACCCGCUCGGCGACCACCAUCACCAUCCGCACCAUCGCACGCACCAUCCGCACCAUCUGCACCAUCACCACCGGCAGGCGUACACGACGGACAACAUCCCGGCGCUGGCGAUGCACCACAGCGUCACCAACCAUGCGGCCAGCAUCAUCCAGCAGCAGAACGCCAGCAACAGUGCGAAGAAUGCGAAAAAGUUCUCGCUACUGCAAGCGUUCGUCCCGUCCUUCCUGUUCGUGGUGGUCGUGCUGAUCGUGUCCGCGAUCUACAUCCUCGAGACGGACACCGAGCUGUUCGCCCCGCUGCGUAACUGGCCGGAGAUGAUCUGCCUGCGCUACCAGUACUACCAGCCGCUAAAGGAGUUUCUGGCGAAAAAGUUCGGUGCCAUAUUUUGAUUCAUUCUGACCGGACGCACGGACGCUUCCACUUCGUGUGCCGGCGAUGGCGGGCGGACUGGUUGUGGCCGGACCGUGGACGGCUGGUCCAGCUACUACCAGCCGCCGGAGUACUUUCGGGAGCGCGAUACCGGGGGUAGCAGCAAUGAGACGCCCAUCUCACUCACACUUACCCUGCCCACGGCAAGGGCCAUGUAAGGUGCUGGAUUGUAGCAUUUAGGGGAGAGGGAGGGAGAGGAAGAAAUGCAAAAUUAGCUUAAAUAUGUUAAAACUGUUUAGUACUUUGUAUCAUAUUAACAGUAUUCGUUACCUCUAAAAAAACGACAAGAUCAAUCGAUCGUCAAUGUUUUAGUUGUCGUGCACCGCUUUGCCGCUUUUCUAUUGCGCAACAGGCACAGCCACAGUAUUCCGUUAACGGGGUAGAAGCUUUUUAAGGGGAUCAGGGGAGCUUUUUAGCUGCUUUGUAUUAUUAGCAAAUCGUCAAAGUAUUGCACCAAAAACAAAGGACGGUAUUAACAAAACAAAAAACAAUUCUAAAACAACAACAAAAAACAAUUGAAACUUGUCAACAACGAACCAACCGACUCCAGUCCGUCUCGUAUUACUCUCUUUGUCGCGUAACUUCUGUUACUACAGCUGCAGUAUUAGACUUUAGUAAGAGAGGAGAGUGCAGCCUCAGUUUUAACCAACCGCACGGCUAUAACUAAUGUGCAAUUGUAUUGUACCUUGUUAUCUUAUACCGCAGUAGUAUAAAGCAGCAGUAUUUGUUUGUCUUAGGGCAGAAGUUUUCUUUUUUAACAUACCGCAUGACACACUCUUUUUUUAUGUAUAGAAACUAUGUUAAAUUUUGUGCUACAACACACGCUUUUUGCCAAAAGAAGAAAGAAGAACAAACUGAAAGUAUUUAGCAAUGCAGCACGGUCAAACACAGUUGCAGCUUUAGCGUUUUCUGUAGUUGUUUUUCUUCAGCUUAGUACUGCGUUAAACAAGCGACGCACUCUCUACCUUUGAUCAAUCGUACCUCUAUGUUUCUGGGACCACCAUUCCUGUUGUUUGACGCGCGUGUAAAGCAGGACCGUUUUUGAUUUGUGACAACAAGCAUGGCUGAUUAAUGAGUUCAUCCCUGUAGAAAGAAUGGGAACGCAAAAACGAUAUAAACUAACAAAACUAACUUACCAUUUGUGUGGGACAAACUGAAGAAAAGGACUCGAAAUGGUAUUGCGAAACGAAGUAACAAUUUUAUCUAGCUUUUGCAAAGCUGUACGACAAACAAAAGAUGAUAGAUUCAUUAAGAAAGGCAAAUUGUAUUUGAAGAAAGCUAAGAGAUAACCAAAUAACAGGAAGACGAGCAAGAAAAUCGCCAAAUACUUAAACACGAAACAAAAUAGUAACCAUUACACUUAAAAAGAUAAAAAUACAAAACGUAGUAAAAAUGGUAAAAAAAAAUGGAUUAAAAGACAAGAUUAUAUAUGAUCUAUAAACCAUCACUUCGCUCAACUGAUCGCAGUGGGCUGAAAGUUACCUUCUCCUUAGUGAAGUGAAUUACUAGCAAUCGAAAGAACAUGAGACAGAGAUAAGGUUCGCUUAUGAUUGUAGAAAUAUAAAAGAGAAGAAUAUAAGAUUGAUAAAUUCAACUUUGCGAUAUGAUACUUCUAGAAAUGAAAAUAGCAUUGAAGAACAAUUGAUGCUUCUGGUAAAUUGGGAGUAAACAAACAAACAAGUAUUAGCCACACAACAAGUUGUGUAGAAAUGUAGGAUAGUUCAGAUAAUGAUGCUUCUGCAGCGAUUCUAAAUGGUACAGCAUGCAGCAUGUGCGAGAGAUAAGGAACGCAAAAACCCAAGAGGCCAAGAGGCGAUAAGAUAAGAUCUGUUUAAAUCUAACUAUUGCUAUUGCUUGGCAGAACGGCGAACGAUCUUGCAAUGGAAAUUAAUUAUUAGAACGGAAGAAACGGAACGAGCUCCUGCUUUAACGCUUUAUGUCUCCAUUUUUUGUGGUUUGGUUUGUAUUUCGCCUUUAUAGGCAAGCCAAAAGCUUUCCGGAAAAGGGCGUAACACAAACAAGGGGACACAAGCAGGAGCAAUAAAAACCCUUACUUAAAAAAGGGAAAAAACACGGUUUAAAAUUGGUAGUGUAAGGAAGAGAGAGAAAGAGAGAGAGAGAGAUACAAUUUGUUGAAGGAUAGCAUGAUCGAGUGUCGGGAUCUUGUAGCGAACUGCAUUUUAAUAAUAUACACAAGCUCACAAAAAGGACACACCACAGAAACACGAAAACAACAAAUUGCUUGCCUUAUUUGCUACAUCGCACACUCACACACACAAACAAAAGGGUGCGAUGCAUUGUCGAGCGAGAUGCCUCGCAACUCGAAUAGCUGCAGUUUUAAAAGCAAUUUCCGUAAACUCUUUAGCUAGGGUAAUUUGUGCGCGUAAUUAGCGAGACAAAGCCUCACUACCGAAAAUGGUAACGAAAAGAAAGAAUGCACUGCAGUGUGGCAAACUGAACAAGUAACAAGAAAGCGCAAUUUAUCAGCGAUACGUCCAUUACAUUUUCAAAUUGAACGAUGCGUGAAAGGAUGUCAGAAACGGUACGGCUCCAACGGCUUUUGAAACUCACCUGUAUGAUCAUUAGUUUACGUUUUAUAUUGAAAAAAUGGUUAUAGUUAUUUACUUGUUUAUAUAGCGAUUCGCUUGUUAUUUUAUCAUAAAUUACGGUAUUUGUUGCUUAGAAGAUCGAUUUUUGAACACGGAAACACGAUCACGAACAAAACUUAAAACCCAACCCCCAACUAGUGACAAUCAUUAUCGUUUCGUUUUGAACAUUUUUGCUUUUGAGUUGCUUUGAAAACACACCCCACAAGAUGCCACCGACUAGCUGGAUUUAUGCAAACCGUAGUAGUACUAGCAGCAGCAGCAGUAGUAGAACAUAUCAGAAUGGAGAAAAUAGACUUAGAAAAUAUUUAAAAGCUACAAAAAGGAAAACUAAACACAUACUGAUACAGCUAGCAACAUUGCGAUCUGCUUGAAGUGAUCACCGAGUUCCUAAACUCUCCCGGUUUGAUGCUUUAUAGAAAGGAAUGUGUAAUGCAACCACAACAUUAGUCAGGCUCUGUACGCUAGCCCGGGCAUAGUAAGCUGUCGCUUUUUUGAGUAUCAUGCUUUCUUGUUGGUUUCCAGUUGUUUUUUUAUAGCAUUAAUUUAGUGCACACGCUAGUCUUAUUCCAUCUUGCGUGUAACUUGCCGAUAAUAAUCCCGAAUAGAACCAUUCAGAGUCAUGUCUUAUUUCUAAAUCAUGAUCAUUUAGUAAUAUUUUCCCUACCAUAAGCUUUUUAUGGUAGAAUGAUUUCUUGCAACACAUCACAUAGAGAUCAUUUCCUGUAUACAUCCAUCAGGCCCAAUUGAUGGGUCACUGUAACGUGCAACGUGCUGCAAAGCAUACGGCCAAGCACAUCCAACACUAAGUACACAGGCUUUGGUGAAAGUAUAGUAUCACACUUUCCAACGAUUCCCAUGUUCCCUAUAGCGGUAAGCGAGGAUAGAAAUGAAUAGAACCGUUUACUGUGCUAGAGAGAGAGAAAGAUAGGAACGUUACGUGCGGAAGGGAAAUAAAACUUUUCACAAUUUGGAGGAAAACAAACUUUAAUAUGAACGCAUAAACAAAGUGCUCUGGAAACAGACGUAUAGUACAUUAGUAUCUAUUCCUUGGGCGUGUUCCUGGGUUAUUGGUUGGUGAAGAUGGUUGAGAAGGCCGUAGUGACAGCAGCAGCAACAGUAGAAGAAGCAGAAAAAGAAAAUGAAUGCAAAACUAGAAAACAAAACUUUAAAAUUUGAUUCUAAUAGGUUUUAAGACGAGACAAACAAACAUUACAUACAAAACGAAGCAAAAGAAAAAGGUAAGGUAAGGUGCAAGUGGAUGAAACCAAUUACAUGUAACCAAAACUGAUAGUAAUAAAAAUGAGAUAAUCUU